AUGUCGACCAACGAUCUACAAGCUCUCUUUGCAAACCUGAAGCCCAAGCCCAGAGAUCCACAGCCUCCUUCAACCAUCCAGCGUUCCACUUCAAGCGGCCAUCAGCCUCAAAAUGCGAAUGCGUUUGCCCUGAAUUCAGCUUCGCCUCCGCCGUUCUCCUCAUUGUCCAACGACCCACUAUUCAGUUCGUUGCCGUCAGGAUCCGCGUCCGCCUCGGCUGCUACAGCGCAAUCCCUCCUCAGUUUACUCAACUUUGGUGCUUCUUCGUCCUCCACUGGCCCUUCCGUGCCUCCACCCGGACUUAAUGACACUCGAGGUAAUGGUGAAGAGAUGAAAGCAGAGUCGGGACCACCUGGACCCGAAUCCAAUGCUCCUCAAGUCUCGACUUCCGAUCUUCUUGCCAAAUUCAUCAGCCCUGUUCAACCUACAGCUCGCCCAGCUACUCAUUCUCCUGCGAAUCUAGAGGAUCAAGGUGGCGGUGGACCGCAGUCCAGCUACCAACCUUUGCGCGAUGCUUCCCAAGAUGCCCUGUUGAAACUGCUGAAUCGAGCAACCGCGACCUCAACCACUGUUCCACGCCAGGGCUCCGUCGAACGAGCUCAACCCGCCUCUGCUAGUGAGGAUAAGGGUGAACAGAAAGCUGCCAGCGCUGUCGGAAGUUCCGAUCUUCCUUUUAGGGUGCUUCCUUCUCGAAAUAGCGGGAUUUCUACACCCUCGGAAGAUCCAAGAAAUGACAACAAGACUGCAGCCUCUGCUCAGACUCAACCACUCUUCACCUACACAAAUCCUUUUCAAGCGUUGCAAGCAUCUCGUUCUCAAACUCCGAAGACCAAUGCACAAAACUCGCGCACUGCCCAUGCUGAUUCACCCGUCCCCAGUGUUGAACCUACCCAUGAGGACAAGUUCGAAGGUGAACCUGUGCGAAUGGCAACACCAGAACAGGUCGCGAAGAGAAAGAUCCUGACUCCUCGACUGUCCGCCACGGCCCGGCCGGGAGCUGGUUCGCCAGAGGCCUCACCCGCAGUACCGGUGCCUGCCCAAGACCGGAGCCAGGCUACUCCAGAAGCCACUCCAAUUAAGUCAAAACUGUCUGCUCCAGAGAUCACGGCGGCCACGAAUACCCAAGGCGACUCUUCUGAUGCAAAUGCCUCGUCUCGUAGUGCGACUGGAGCUGUCAGUAAUGCGGUAGAGCCUCAAGCCGAGGUCGGAGAUGAAUGGGAAGAUGCGGAGGACGCAGAGGAUUCUCCUGAAAAAGAAGAGCCUUCUGAACGAAUCGUUCCAGUCUACAACUUCCCUAUCAAGCCUUUUGUCUCUAUCACUCUACAAUUGGACGCGAAGUCAGAUACCGGUAUUCGUGAUGAUGGGGUUAUGGAAAUCUCGCGGUUGAAAAGAGAUUUCGACCAGUUGGAUCGUUCUUUGGCUUCCGCCACAUCCAAAUACAUCUCCUAUGCUCUGGUCAAGAGUGGUAUGCGAAUUAUCAGACAAGAUGAUGGAAAAGAUCGGCAGGUGUUCAAACACGCCAAUGAUCGCGUCUUUAAUGUGUCUUUCUGCUCUGCUCUUGAUUCAGAUGAUCAGGCUAUCUUGGGUACUGGUGUCAGUGGCGCAGUGUAUUAUGCUACUCUCGCGAAGGACAGCAAUGACUUGUUCGACAACAAUGAACUUGACUCGGAAAGUCUGAUCUUCCCUCCCUAUCCACCAGCUGAUGAAAACACUGCUGGAGGAGUCUUAAAGACUCGUGCAAAGCGCAGUUCUCGGCACCCUGAAUUCUUCGCCAUCGGAAGAGGCAAGGCCAUUCACCUUGUUUGGCCCGCGACCGCACUUUCUUCGCGUUACGGUAUCACGCAGGACAACCGCCGUGUCAAUGUCGGAACAUUUUUCCAGGAUCGUUCAUUGCAAAUUUCGACCGGAAAGGCUGGAAAGGAUUUUACUUUCAGCGAGGAUGACAGCUUGAUCGUCUCUCUGGAUAAAACUGGACGACUUCGAUUCUGGGACAUUCGAAAAUUGAUUGAUGAGUCCAACGCCACAGGUGUACGUGCUAACAUGACCGUUGACAUGCCACUGCUAUCGCUAUCGACUGCUUCGCCCGCUGAAAAGUCGUGGCCCACCUCCGUGUUGUUCGUUGAUAAGGCCCGACCAUAUACUCGAGGUGGGCCACUACGUUAUGUCUUGGUCGGCUUGAGACAAAAUCAUACGUUGCAGCUUUGGGACAUUGCUCUCGGCAAAGCUGUUCAAGAGCUCAACUUUCCGCAUGAAAACGAGACCGAUGGCAUUUGCAGCGUUGCCUAUCACCCUAAUAGCAGUAUCAUUGUCAUUGGACAUCCCACGAGAAACUCGAUCUUCUUCGUACAUCUCUCGGCCCCACGAUACACUCUCAGUGCAUCAUUGUCUCAAGCAGCAUUCAUCAACCGCAUUGCAAUGAAAGAUCCAGAACUCCCGAAACCAGAAUCGACUGCUUGCAUGAGUGGCAUUCGUGAGAUCUCCUUUGCCUCCAAAGGACAACUUCGGAGCGUUGAGCUUCUACCGAUUAACCGUCCACUAGAAGCUCAGAAAGCUCUUGAUGAAAAGACACCACUCUUUGAGCUCUACGCUGUGCACUCUAAUGGUGUAACAUGUCUGAACAUUACCAAAGAAGAUUUGGGUUGGGACUCGAACAGCAAGGUCAUGCACGGCAUCGAUGCAAACAAGAACGGCUUUGUGAAUCUGAAAGAGCUCCGAUUGGGCAGCGUGAUUGAAGAAGCACCACGUAGCAAAAGCCCUACCGAAGAUGUCCCACCGGCAGCUCCUAAACCGCCAUCGAAAAAGAAGUCCAGCAAGAAGGGUCUUGUCAGUGCUGAACGCGAGGUAGCUCAACCAGAGCAGCCUGAGCCUGUAGCUGCGGCUCCAAUACAACCUCUCACGAACGGCAGUGUAGCUGUUGAACCAACAAACGGAGAGACUCCUGCAGCACCUAAAGAAAGCAAGAAGAACAAGAAAAAGGCCGCCGCAGCGGCUACCCAUGACCAAAAUGCUGCCGGCAAGACGACCCCUCGAAACGCAUCGCCAAUCAAGAAUCCUCAACCCAUCGUCGAUGCUCCUGUUAGCAAAGACGCAGGCCUGGCUGAGAAGCCGGACCUGAACCCUCCUCCUAAUGCAGCAACGACCACCGAUUCCGAUACUGCUAGCAAGGCCGAGGCUGUGACGGUUGGCAUCUCUGGUGAUUGGUUGGACAAGGAAUUGAAGAAAGUUGAACGUGGAGUUUCGAAUGAAUUCCGCAAAGAACUCAGCACACUCUAUCAGAGUAUCCAGAACGAUCGACUGGUGCAAGAUGCUGCGGCGUCUACACGUCAAGAAGCACUUCUCCGUCUUGUAUCAACGACUCUGACAACCAAUGUAGAGAAGAGCCUUUCCCGUAUAUUGGCCACCCAAGUGCAGCAAGCCGUUAUCCCCGCACUUACUGGCAUCACUGUCCAAGCCGUACACAAUCAACUGGGUGAUGCACUGGCCAAGUCACUACACUCAUUGGUCCCACAUGAGUUGAAUGUUCAAUUGCCGAUUGCAAUCAAUAACGCGCUGCAAAGUCCUCAGGUCACUCGCCUGAUCGCAGAUACAAUCAGCCAAAAGAUAACAAAGCAUACUGAAGCACAAAUAUCGGAGGUCCUUCAGAGAAAGCUUGUACCUGUCUUCUCAGACCUGGCACUUUCUGCUGCACAGAAGGCAGCGGCCGAGGUGGAGGCUAAACGACAGGUUGAAAUUCAACAGUAUGAAACCCAACGUCGUCAAGACACUGCACGAAUGGAGAAGUUGAGUCAGGCAUUGCAAAGCAUGGCGCAGACUUUGCAGCAAAUGUCUGACACUCAAGUUGCUUUCCAGACUCAGAUUCUCAAAGACCGCCGUCAGCUUGCUCUGCUUGAAGCAGAUAGUCCAGCAUCGGCCACCCAGCAAGUGUCAACUGCCAGAUUGACUCCAUCACAGUCACACUCUACUGUGCCAACUCCACAAAAGCCAAAAUCGCAGGAACAACUGGAGCUUGAUGAAAUUGCACAACUUAUGGAUGCGGGCCGCUACGAGGAAGGUUCCAUUAGAUGGCUGCAAUCCAGCCAGCCGAUCGAGUUGUUUGAUCAACUCUUCAUUCACUAUACCCCAGAAUAUCUUGCCACUGAUGUCUCACCACUGAUUGCAUUUUCAAUUGCUGUGACUCUUGGAAAUUCCCUCAACAGUAACACUGCGCGACGGCUCGAAUGGAUUGCUGCAGCCUUCAAUGCAGUUGAUCUCUUGGAUCCUGAAAUCGCUGAUCUUGCUCAGCAUGCUCCUCAGCUUCUGAGCUCUCUCAUUCAGAAAAUUGAAGGGUUGUACAUGACGAUUGCGGAGCGCGACCCUAGAGAUCCGGCAUUGCGAAUCAUGCCGGCGGUAUCUAGGAGAGCAAAGGAUAUGAUGGCAUCUUUGGUUGGUCCUUCAUCAUAUGGACGACCUGCUCAGCCUUUAAUCUUCUAA